AUGACGUUUAAUUACUAUUCAACUGUUAAAAAAUAUCUUGAUCAAAAUAGAAUUGAUUAUUCUUUACCUGAAUAUAUUCAACGAGGAUGGGAUCGUAUCUAUACACUCGAAGAAAAAGAAUUCAAUCAACGACCAUGUAUAAUUGGAUCCGAUGUUCAAAUUCCGAAUUCAAUUGUUCGUCAUCGUCUAGGUACUCAGCAAAGAUCGAUGAAAGCAAAUAUUGAAACAUUACGCAAUGUAUUUGAAUUACCUAAGGAUUUAUUGAUGAAUUUAUCUAUUGAACAUGAAGUUCCUAAUACGACCGAAGAAGAAAACAUAAGUUUUGAAUGGAAUGAUGAAGAUGAUGAGUCUGUAAUAAAACAUAGAAAAUCAAUUGUUAGUACAAUUAUUAAUAAACAACGUGAAAAACGUCGUAAAUAUGAAGAUUAUAAAUAUAAUUAUGAUAAUAGCGAACCAUUACCGAUCGAUGAAAUCAUCGAAGAAAUUCAAACAAAUAUUGGUAAAGAUUUAAAAACUGAAGAUUUAAAUUUAAUUACAGAAUUAAUGCAAAUAAUUAGUCGAUAUAAACAAGCUCAAAUUAUGAAUAUUUAUGAUGAAUUAUCUGAUAUUCAUUUAAUUAGUAAAUUUGGUGGUGUUCCAAAACUUGUACAAGCUUUACAAGAAAUUCAAAGAGCAUUUGAACAAGUAGCUAUGAAAACAAAUGUUGCUUCUAUUGAAACUGUUAUCGAUGUUUUACUUGAAAAAGAUCAUACUUAUCGUGUAGCAGUUGAAUUAUUAAAUUCAUUUAAUGAAAAUAUGAAGAAACAUAAACAACAACAAAUGUUUAAUUUAAACAAUAAAUCUAGUGAUAUAGCUGAUCAUGAUCAAACUCUAUUCGAUAUCUUAAUCAAAGAUCGUAUUAGUCGAUUACCUACAUCGGAUUUAACAAUAUUAAUCAAUGAUCUUCAAACAAUUCAAAAUAUUGAUACAAGUCAAGUAAAUAAUAAAGAUCAUGAUGAUCAAGUUAAAUUUUUAUCUGAACAAUUAAAUACUAUCUUCACACGUGCACAUUUUGAUGGAAUUAAAACAACAUUUCAUUCAAUGAAAUCAUCUGUUAGCGAUGCCUUACAAGAAUUUAUGGAUAAAACUGAAAUUAGUUUAAAAACUAAAUUAACAGAACAUGAUAAUAUUACUAUUGAAUCAUAUAUUCAAGAUCGUUUAACCUUAUUAAAUAAUAAUGAAUUAAAAAGAAUCUAUGAACGUUUAGCACAACAAGGUAUUCUUAAACGUCAUAUAGGUUCUGGUGAAUUAAAUCAAACAAUAACUAUGGGUUUAAUGAAAAAAAUUAAUACGGAUGGAUUAGGUAUAGUAAUUGAAAAUAUGAAAGAAGCACAUUUAGAUAUUGAUUCUAUGAAUAAACUCUUACAAGAAUUAAUUUGUAUUAAUAAUUAUAUUCAAACUCAAUCGUCUAUUUCAAUUGAACAAAUUCAAAAUCAAUUAGCUAUGGCAUAUUUUAUUGAAACAAGUAAUCUUAGUGAACAAAAUAUUCAAGAAUUAGCUAAAUCAACUAAGUUAUAUUCUAUUGUUGAUAUAUCUCUUAGUGAUAAAGCAACGAAAGAUGAAUAUUCUGUAUUUCUUGAACAAUUAAAAUUUCCAUUUAUACGUAUAUGUAUACAACGAAUUUUAAAUUCAGUUAAUGAAAAUACGAUUGAUUUGAGUAAAGUAUCUAAUGAAUUUUAUAAACAAUAUAUUAAUGAUUUACUUCAUGAAUUGAUUUAUGGAUCUGAAGAAUUCAAUAGAGAGUUACUUUUUCACCAAGUUCAAGAGCAAUUAAAGAAAAAUAAAGAUGUAGUUGAUAAAGUAUAUAGACAAAUGUUAAAAGAAAAAUUAAUUAAUAUUGAUACAAAAGUUAAAAUAGAUACAGAUAAAAAGAAAGUAUUCAUAAUUAGUAAUGAUAUAAAUAAAAUUUUAAAUAAUAAAGAAGAUCGAGCACAACAAUCGAAGUUAAUAGAAUUAUUCAAUAAAAUUGAUGUACCUAUUCCUGAACGUGUUAAACAUUGGUAUAAAACCAAAUCAAGUAUGCCAGUAAAGCAAUUGCCAUUAUCGAAUAUGAAGAAAGAAACACGUCGGCCAAAUGCUAAGCUCACUAAUCCAAUACCUAAAACUUUAAAAGAAGGACUAACUCGAGAUAUCAAAGAUCAUAGUACCACUAUUUCAUCAUCCAAGCAUGACAAUGGACAGAAAAAAUCAUCAGUGAAACCUCAACAAAAACACCCUGAAAUGAACAAAUCUUCAAAAAUUCUCGAUCCUGUAUCUACUACUCAUCCAACUAUAUCAACCACAACAACAGAUGUAAUUAAUAUCAACGUUGUCUCAAAAUUGCAAGAUGACUCCAUCGAACCUAUUGAUACUGUCAUACCAGAACGAGACAAUCAACUAUCGAAUAUAGUUCAUACAAUUAGUGAAUACAAACAAGAAUUUGAAUCAUCACCAUAUAUAUCGACAGAGAUCCAGUCUGAUAUAUUGGAACAAUCAGAUGAGAAAACUAAUGAAAUAGCUACUUCGACACGAAUUGAAACGAUUCGUUCAGAAAAUACUACUAUUGGUAAAGUGGGAGACAAUAAAACAAUUAAUUUUGAACUAAAACAUAAUGCAGCUCUUCUUUUAUAUUCUCCACUCUUACCCAACGAUCCAAAACAAGAAGUACACAUGAUUUUAAAUGGUAAAAUACCAGAAUUUAUAAGUGAUUCACAAUAUGAAAAAACAAAAGCACAACGAGUCUUAGCUAAAGCAAUGCCUACAAAUAGUAUUCGUCAACAGAUUGAUAGAGAUACAAUUGUUACUAAUUCUUCAUUAUCAAAUCUUAUAGUUACUAAUGAAGAAACAAUUUCUACUGUGUCUGAUACUCGAAAAUUAUCAAAUCCUUCGAAUGUACCGGGUGAUGAACUAUUAAUACCUAUUUCAACACCUUCAUUAGAAAAUAUUAAAUCAAUGGCAAAAACAUCUCAUCGUACUACAAAUAAAUCAUUAAAACAAACUGACGAUAUUUAUAUAAAUUCUUUAACCAAUGCUUUACAUAAUUUAUUUUCUCGAUCAGAAUAUGAUAAUAAUAAACUACGAAAAAUUCAUGAUGAACUCAUUACUUCCGGUCAUAUUUCUCCAUUAAAUGAAUUUUAUCGUUCAUCCAACGAAGCAUUACGUUUAACACUUGAUCAUUGUGUUACUUAUAAUGAUUUAAUUAAAUGGACUUUAUCAUUAUUACAAACACAAAAUAAACCAAAUUUAAUUGAUUUUGGUCAUGAUCUGUAUUCAAUUGCAAUUGAUUUAGAUCUAUCAUUAAUUGAACGAAUCGAUAAUACACAAUGUGCAUUUGACAUACAAGAAAAUCUUAAACAUGAUCUACAAACAAUUUCUGAAACUGAUUUACGAGAAAUAAAUUCUUAUUUAAAUGCAUCUCAAAUGGAAAAAUUAAUUAAUAUAACAAAAAAACUUAAUGUUACAUCAAAAGAUCGUAUGAUAGUAGAUUUAUAUUCAUAUCUUCUUCAUCUAAUUCAAAAUUGUCAUACAUUCAAACCAAAAUAUCGUCCAAUGCAGAUAUAUUUACGUGUAAUUUUAAUCAUUUUAUAUAUAUCAGAGAUGCCCAUCGCGGAAAUAGCUGAAACAUUUAAAUCUCGAGCUAUGAUCGAUUUAAUACGUAAAAUCGAUGAAAUUGAAAAGCAUCUAUCAAAAAUGUAUUCAGUAACAUUUUUUGGUGUUAGUAAACGUAUGAAUGAAUCUCGAUUUAUAUUAACAAAAUGA